CUCACUCGAUCUCGAUCUCGAUCUGGACGAGAUUUACGUGAAUCGCUCUGUUUUCCAACAUCUCUCUGUUUUAUAGAUCUUCAACAUCUCUCUGUCUCUCUCUCUGCGUUGUUCAUGUGGGUAGUGGAAGGGAAAAUAAGGGAAAAGAUUGGAUCUCUAUUUGUCUGUUUCUUGGCGAUCUUCGUGUUUAUUCGUGGGUUGGGGUCGAUCGGCCCGAUUGGCGGUUCACUGUGCUCGUCAGUUGGUUGGUCACGUGCCCGUUUCCUUAAACUGACCGACGUAUAUUCUCAGUCUCGUCCGGCGAUUAACUUCAGUGAGUUCCCCCAUGGCGUGUUGGAAGGGCUCUUCUCGUACUUGACUGUACUUAUCUUGGGGGUCUUCCGAUUUUCCCAUACCAUACGUGGUCCGGACUCUGUGUUGGUCAGAAGGGGUCACCGAGCGUCUCUUUCCGUUCAGUGGGUCGUCACGGGAGGGAUCGGCUGAGUCAACUGGGUGAUUCGGCGAAGCGGGGGACAGGGGAUCGAGCAGUCGGGUGGUGUCCGGUCUAGGGGGCGGGGCGGGGCGAUGCCAUCGGUUGGCAUGCGACGGACCACGAGGGUUUUCGGAGUGGUGAAGGGCGUCGACGGGGCGCGGGUCUUGCGCUCCGGCCGUCGCUUGUGGCCGGAAUCGGGCGACGCCAAGGUCAGGAAGGGCAGCGAUAGGGAUGAGUGGUUUAGCCUCAUAGAUAGUAGAGGUGGUAGUGGGAAUGGAGUUGUUGGUGGUCUCAAGUCCAAGCAAGUUGGGUUGGCUAAGAAUGCGAGUCCAAAGCGUGAGAUUGCUGUAAUUGAAAUAGAGGAUGAUGAAUGUGAGAAGCCUGUUGUUGAAACCGAGUCUUUGAUCGGUAGGGACGAUGUGGAUAGGAUGUCUGGGAUUGUCUAUAGCAGGAAAAGGAAGAGAGAGACGGUGUCAAGCUUGGAGAUCGGUGAUGGUAAGAAGUAUGGGAUUCGCUUCUCCAGGAGGCAGAACAGAAAGAGUGGCGGUGCGCAAGGAGAGUUUUUGCAGGGUUUUCGGGCGCUUUCUGUGGUUUUGGAGCUGCCAUGUCGAGAAAAUUGGGCAGUUGUUGGCCUUUUGUGUUCUGUUCUGCAGUACAUGAAGAGGGUCUGCAUUAGAUUGUCUGCACUUUCAAAGUUUGUCAUGUCAGAGCCGCUUCGAGGUGUCUAUGCAUUGCACGGGAUUCAUUUCUCACGGGAGUGUCCUUCCAUUUUCAGCUCCGGGACAUGCAAGUUCUUUGGAUCCAGGCAGUUUACACCUAUUUUUUGUGUGGAUUUUUCUGCAGUUCCCUUUUGUUUCAUGUACAUGCAUUGUAGUAUGCUUCUCCGCCAUCAGUUUGUGCCAUUGGCUCCUGUAAAUAAUUCAGCGUUGGUGCAAACAAAUGAUGGUUUGGUGACUGCGGAUGAGGAGGAACUCUCAGAAGAAGAUUAUUCUUUUUCGCCUUCAAAAAGCAAAUCAGCAGGUAAUGUUGAAGUUCCAGGGAGUGAGCUGCUGCUGCACAUGUCUUCUAAAGGCGCUAAGGUUGAUAAUCGAUCUUCACUACAUAGAUAUGGGUCGAAUUCUCGUGGCAUAAGGAAAAGGAGGAGUUCAUUGAGGCCAAGGAGGAGAGCUAGAAAUCCUUCUCUAGCAUGUGUGAGGAAAUGUAUUGGAGCAUUAGCCUCAGACUUAGUCAGUGCUAAGAAGAACGGAUUCCCAUUUUCCUCAAUAAUUUCUAGCAACAAGAGAAGAUCUGUUCAGACUAGGUCUGCUGGAAAUAAUGAUGAGACGAGUGCUACUGUGACCAGACUUCAACAGGAUACAGAUAUGUUCUCCUGUAAUGCAAAUGUAUUGAUUAGCGAUUCAGACAAGUGUUUCAGGGAGGAUGGUGGAAAUGUCAUGUUGGAACUUUUAGACUCUGGGGAGUGGUCUCUUGUUGUCAAAAUAGGGGGACUAAUAAGAUAUGCUCACAAGGCACAAGAAGUUAUGAGGCCUUGUUCCUCCAACCAUUUCACCCAUGCAAUGGUUUGGAUAGGGGAUAAUGAUUGGAAACUGGAAUUUCCUGACCGAGACGAUUGGUUGAAAUUUAAGGAUCUUUACAAGGAAUGUUUUGACCGAAAUAAGCAGGUCAUAUCUCCUAAGGCUCCUUCUGUUAAGAUAAUACCUGUUCCAGGGGUGUGUGAAGUAUUAGGAUAUGGAGAAGAAAAUUUCGUACCCUUUACAAGACCAGAAUAUUAUAUUACGGUGAGUGCUGGUGAGGUGUCAAGAGCUAUGGCCAGUAAGACUGCAAGUUACGACAUGGACUGUGAAGAUGAGGAGUGGCUUCAUAAAUUCAAUAACGAGUUCUUUGCUGAAAAUGAUCCACCUGAGCAUGUUUCAGAGGACAGCUUCGAGCUUAUGAUUGAUGCAUUUGAGAAGGCUUUCUAUUGCAAUCCUUAUGAUCUCUUGAAUGAGAAACCAGACCCUAAUCUUAGACUGGACAUAGAGAGAGAGGAUGUUGUGGAAGCUGUGAACCGUUAUUGGGUGAAGAAACGUAUGCAGAGACGAUCGGCUUUGGUCAGAGUAUUUCAGGGUCAUCAAUCAAGAAAAGCUCCCUUGGUUCCAAAGCCUGCCCUGCGUAAGCGGAGAUCAUUUAAAAGGCAGGGAAGCCAGCAUGGACGAGGCAAGCAACCGGGUCUCUUGCAAGCAUUGGCAGCAGAGAGAGACGCUCUGGAGGAACAGAGCGCCCUGCGGAAAGUCGAGGAAGCUCAAGCAUCAGCUGACAGAUCCCUGGAACUCGCUAUUGCAAAACGUCAGAGGGCUCAGUCGCUCAUGGGAAAUGCCGACUUGGCCGCCUACAGGGCCACCAUGGCUCUCAGAAUCGCCGAAUCAGCUCAAGUCGCAGGGUCCCCUGAUGCAGCGGCCGCUCAUUUUCUUGACUAACAAUGACAGAGAGCGGGUAUAGUCGAUGUGCGAAUUGGAACUGCCUGUGUUUUUCUUUCCUCUAAAUUCCGGAAGAGUUUUUAUCUUCUGGAGCCGUCGGAGGCAAAUGUGAUCCACGGUUUUUCCAAGAGCCUUAUGGGGGAAUUGUAAUUUUUGUACAGAAUUGGUUGAAUAUGUACAUUCUGUAUCACUAUGACCUCACAUCGCAGCAGCAGAUGUGUACCCAGGAAAUUUCUUUCGAGUUCCUUGGACGAACCACAAAGAAAAAAAAAAGGGAAUACAUAAAAUAUUUAUGUCAA